GCUUCGGGGCUGGGCAGGGUUAUAUCGGCGGGGAUCAGCUGACGCUCUGCAUUGCAGACUGCAGAAUCAGGCGGCGCCAUGUAUGCUCUCUUCCUCCUGCCCAGCAUCCUGGGCGCGGCCUUCGCAGGCCCAGUCCUUGGUCUGAAGGAAUGCACGAGAGGCUCGGCAGUGUGGUGCCAGAACGUGAAGACGGCGGCUGACUGCGGGGCCGUGAAGCACUGCCUGCAGACCGUCUGGAAUAAGCCCACGGUGAAAUCCCUUCCCUGUGACAUAUGCAAAGAUGUCGUCACUGCAGUUGGCAACAUGCUAAAAGACAACGCCACCGAGGAGGAGAUGCUUGUGUGCCUGGAGAAGACCUGUGACUGGCUCCCCAAGCCUAACAUGUCUGCCUCGUGCAAGGAAACUGUGGACUCCUACCUGCCCGUUAUCCUGGACAUGAUUAAAGGACAGAUCAGCAAUCCCGGGGAGGUGUGCUCCGCCAUGGGCUUCUGCAAGUCUCUCCAGAAGCACCUGGCAGAGCUAAACCACCAGAAGCAGCUCGAGUCCAACAAGAUCCCAGAAGUGGACAUGACCGAGGUGGUGGCUCCCUUCAUGGCCAACAUCCCCCUCCUCCUCUACCCUCAGGACAGCCCCCGCAGCAAGCCUCAGCCGAAGGCUGAUGGGGAUGUCUGCCAGGACUGCAUUCAGAUGGUGACUGACAUCCAGAAUGCUGUAAGGACUAAUUCUACCUUUGUCGAAGCCUUGGUGGAUCAUGCCAGGGAGCAGUGUGACCGUCUGGGGCCUGGCAUGGCUGACAUGUGCAAGAACUACAUCAACCAGUAUUCUGAAAUUGCUAUCCAGAUGCUGAUGCAUAUGCAACCCAGGGAGAUUUGUGGGAUGGUUGGGUUCUGUGAUGAGGUGAAGGAAAUGCCCAUGCAGACUCUGAUUCCUGCCAAAGUGGCUGCCGAGACUGUCGUCCCUGCCCUGGAACUGGUGGACCCCAUUAAGGACAUGGCCCCGGCGAAGGCCAGUGUGUACUGCGAGGUUUGUGAAUACCUGGUGAAGGAGCUCGUCAAGAUGAUGGCCAACAACAAGACUGAGGAAGAAAUACUCCAUGCUUUGGACACAGUGUGCUCGAAGCUGCCCACGUCCUUGUCGAAAGAGUGCCAGGAGGUGGUGGACACGUACGGCGCCUCCAUUCUGUCCAUCCUCUUUGAGGAGGCCAGCCCUGAGCUGGUAUGCACCAUGCUCCACCUCUGUUCCAGCACGGGGCUGCCUGCACUGACUGUGCACGUGACUCAGGAGAAGGACGGUGGCUUCUGUGAGGUGUGCAAGAAGCUGGUUGGCUAUUUGGAUCACAACCUGGAGAAAAACAGCACUAAGCAAGAGAUCCUGGCUGCUCUCGAAAAGGGCUGCAGCUUCCUGCCUGACCCUUACCAGAAGCAGUGUGACGAAUUUGUGAGCCAGUAUGAGCCCGUGCUGAUAGAGAUCCUGGUGGAGAUAAUGGACCCCUCCUUCGUGUGCUUAAAAAUUGGAGCCUGCCCCCCAGCCCAUAAGCCCCUUUUGGGAACUGAGAAGUGUGUCUGGGGCCCAAGCUACUGGUGCCAGAACACGGAGACAGCUGCCCAGUGCAAUGCUGUCGAGCACUGCAGACGUCAUGUGUGGAACUAGGAGGGAUAUUCCAUCUUGAAGAAACCACGGCAUCUUUUCCUACUUGUGUGUCUGGGGGAAUGAACGCACAGAUCUAUUUGACUUUGUUAUAAAAAUAGGCCCCCACCACCUCUCCCAUUUCUGUCUCCCUGUUGUAGCAUUGCUGUCUUCGUGGGAUGUGCUAGCCCCCACUGACGUAGCUGCUUCAGUGUCCCUUUUCUCUGCUGGCUGGGUGGUGUUGCCCGGCACUGGAGGCCUUUGAGCCUGCCCUUGCAUGACGCCUGCUGGAGGAGGAGGGGAGAGGGCUUUCCGCUGGCGUGAGCUGGAGCUUCUCGACAGGAAGAUGCCCACCCUUUGGGCUGCGGUCCUGUCCUGAGCCCUGACAGGGGCGUGGGCCUGAGCUCUGGGGCCUCCUGCCCUAAGGAGGAGCCUUCUCCCCUUCCUGGGCCUGUUGGCUGCUGUGCAAAGCAGCAACACAAAGACAGUUGGAUGUGAAGGCUGAGAAGCUCAGGUUAGUUAGGCUUUUUCAAUAAUGUAAUUGCCUGUGGAACAGCACA